UGCCCUGCAUGCUAAGUUAAUUAGCUCAGCAAAGCAUGGUUUUUUUAUUAAACAUGCCCGCCUUUUCGACUUUCCCUUUCCCAUGUGACUUUCAUUCUCUAUACACAGUAUAAAUCUCCACUCACUUCUAUGGUGGUGAUAUAUCAAACCCCAAUUCAUGAGAUGAGAGGAAAACAGUGAAAGUUUUUCCCUUUUUCUCUCUUUCUCUUAACUGUAGAUGUAUCUUCUUCUGGGUGUCCAAGUUUUGGGUAGAAAGCGAACCAAACUUGAAGAAUGAAUUCUCUGCUCUUGGGUUUCUUUCGGUGAGAGGAGGGAAACCGGAAAUGAAGAAGAUUGUGUCUUUUGGAUCUUCCAUUUUCUUGUUUUUCGUUUUUUUCUGUUCUUUGAGGUCUGUAUCUGCCCUGCAUCAGAAUGGGCCCGCCAGAGAUCAUAUGAAGUUUAUUUUAGGUUAGAGUUGACAGUUCUGGGUUGAUAUCUAAAUCUAAUAAUAUAAUUGGAUAUAGCCGGAGAUAAUGAUGUUUAUCUUUGUUUUUGUUAUCUGGGUUUCGUCUAAUGUGGUAAUGUGUUGGGUUUUCCAAUAUUGUUCUGUUUUGUUGCCGAGGAAAGAAAUUAGGACAGGGAAAGAAAACAGAAAACUAAAUACUGCCUUAUUUUGGGGUUUCAGAAAUGUGAGAUUUUUAGCUGAUGGAGAGGAGAAUAUAGGUGUUGGUCCAUGGAAGAAUGAAAUCUCUGAGGCUGCAGAAGCACCGGGGCCUUCAAAUGAUGGGUCUGCAAGCACGCUGGUGUUGGCAGCAAACAGGACAGAAAGACCAGAUGUUCUUAGUGGUUUCAGGCGAUAUCUUGGUGGUUGGGAUAUUAACAACCGGCAUUACUGGGCUUCUGUUGGAUUUACAGGUGCUGCAGGAUUCAUUCUUGCUGUCCUUUGGUUUGUUUCUUUUGGCUUUGUUCUUGCCAUGCAUUAUUGCUGUGGAUGGAGAAUAAACAUCAAGAAGGAAGGAGCACAUUAUUCACAAAGGAUUUGUCUUAUAAUGCUUAUACUGUUCACCUGCGUUGCAGCGAUUGGAUGUAUUCUUCUUUCAGUUGGGCAGGGUAAAUUUCAUGGUUCUGUGCUUCAUACAUUAGAGUAUGUUGUGAACCAGUCAGACUACACAGUGCAAACCUUGAAAAAUGUAACAGGGUACCUGUCACUGGCAAAGACUAUCAAUGUGGCUCAAGUUUUCAUUCCUUCUGAUGUCAUGAAUAAUAUUGACAAAUUGAACAUAGAUCUGAAUACUGCAGCAGAUACACUUAUGGAGAAGACAAAUGAAAAUGCUUUAGAAAUAAAAAAAGUCUUCAAUGUUGUACGAUUGGCAUUGAUCACUGUUGCAGCAGUGAUGCUUGUAUUGUCUCUUGUUGGUCUCUUGUUGUCUAUCCUUGGGCACCAACAUGCCAUUCAUAUAUUCGUAGUGAGUGGAUGGAUGCUAGUGGCUGUUACAUUCAUUCUGUGUGGAGUUUUUGUUAUCUUCAACAAUGCAAUCUCAGACACCUGUAUGGCCAUGGAAGAAUGGGUUGAAAAUCCCCAAGCAGAGACUGCUCUUGGCAACAUCCUACCAUGUGUUGAUCAGAGAACGACAAACCAUACACUGAUUCAGAGUAAACAAGUCAUCAAUGAUAUAGUAAAUUUAGUCAAUACAUACAUAUAUAACAUUGCCAACUCAGAUCAUUCGCGGGAUGAUACUGUCCGAUUUUAUAAUCAGUCUGGGCCCCCAAUGCCUCGUUUAUGUUAUCCAUUUGACUCUCAGCUACAAGAUCGUGAGUGUACCUCUCAAGAGGUGUCUAUGGCAAAUGCUUCACUGGUUUGGAUGGAUUACGUGUGCAAGGUAUCAGAAUCUGGGCUAUGCAUCACCACAGGAAGAGUAACGCCAGACAGAUAUAGCCAGUUGGUGGCAGCAGUGAAUGAGAGCUAUGCUCUUGAUCACUAUGCCCCACCUUUGCUUAGCUUCCAAGAUUGCAAUUUCGUAAGGGAGACAUUUGAAAAUAUCACCUCAGAUUAUUGCCCUCCAUUGGAGCACUACCUUAAGGUAGUGAUUGCAGGACUGGGUCUGAUCUCGGGUGGAGUCUUGCUGUGUCUCGUUCUCUGGAUACUAUAUGCAAACCGCCCCCAAAGGGAGGAAGUGUUUGUGAAGCUAUCUUUUCCAAUAAAAUGCUGGAGUCAGAAGAAGAAUUCAGCUACAAAUGGAAACGAGAACAUUUUAUCAAACACAUCAACCGCAGUCUAGAUGAUGUGAUUUUAUCAUUCAUUUUACUGUUACCCCGAUUUGGGGAAGGAAGCCAAGAUGGGGCGAAGCUCCGUUUUGAGUUUAAUUAGUGGUAGUAGUGCAUUUCUAUUGUACUUUUACCUCAUGUAUAAUAUAGCUAGUAUAUGCAAAUCAAUUAUCAGCUUGUGGUGGUGCAUUCUGCUGUUUUAAUACUGUAUGGGAAAAGAAACAGAAACAGAAUGUUUUUAAGUCACACCUCAGAAGUUCAGGAUUCCAGCAAUAUGAGACGAUGCCUAAAAACUAAAAUUCCUUUGUUCAG